AUGGUCCUGGAAGCGGUGAUGGUCGUCGUUGACAACAGCGAAAGCAGUCGCAACGGGGACUACCAGCCCACAAGAUUCGAUUCCCAAGCCGACGCCGUCAAUGUAAUUUUUCAGACAAUCACCAACGGCAACCCCGAAUCCUCUGUCGGCCUCAUGAGCAUGGGGGGCAAGGGACCCGAGGUGUUGGUCACUCUCACGACAGACCAGGGCAAGAUCCUCGACGGCUUGCACCGCACCAAGACCAAGAUCAAGGGCUCAUCACACCUCGCAACGGGCAUCCAAGUCGCUGGUCUCGCCCUCAAGCACCGUCAGAACAAGUCCCAACGGCAACGGAUAAUCGUCUUCGUUUGCUCGCCUAUCGAGGAGGAAGAGAAGAAGCUGGUGCAGUUGGCGAAGAAGAUGAAGAAGGGCAACAUCUCGGUCGAUUUCGUGCUCUUCGGUGACCUCGACGAUGACGACACCCAGAAGAAGCUGCAAGCAUUCAACGAAAGUGUCAAGGGUGGCGAAGGUUCCCACCUUGUCGUCAUCCCCCCAAGCAGCAAGUUGCUCAGCGACCAGCUCAUCUCUAGCCCUAUCCUGCUGGGUGACGCCGCAGGUGGUAGUGGUAGCGGUGGUAUGGAGAGCGGCGGAGGCGGAAACUUUGGAGAGUUCGACUUCGAUCCGGCUAUGGACCCGGAACUUGCCCUCGCCCUGCGUAUGAGUAUGGAGGACGAGAAGGCAAGACAGGAGAAGAAGGCGCGCGAGGAGGCCGAUGCGGCGGGCAAGGGAUCACUGGAUGAUAUCAAGGAGGAAGGCGAGAAUGCCCCCCUGCUCAACAAGGACGGAGGCGAGUCGAGCAAGAAGAACGACAAGAAAGACGAUGACAGGAUGGAUACCUCGUAA